AUCUGUUUCAGUACAACGCUCCGUAGAAAAGCGUUGAUUCUGUUUGAUCUCUCUUUGUCUUGAUUCGUACCAGCUCCGCACACAACCGCAAAAAAGAAACGAGUGGUGGAUCUAAGCAUGGGGAGAUGCAAGAUUGUAAUUAGGAGGAUCGAUAAUUCGACGAGCAGACAAGUGACUUUCUCGAAGCGUAGGAGCGGACUGCUGAAGAAGGCGGAAGAACUGGCGAUCCUUUGCGACGCCGAUGUUGGAGUCAUCAUCUUCUCCAGCACUAACAAACUCUACGAAUACUCCAGCUCCAGCAUGAAAACACUAAUAGAACGAUAUAAUAAAACAAAAGAGGAGCACCAUCAGCUUGGGAACUCGACUUCUGAAGUCAAGUAUUGGCAAAGGGAAGCAGCAAUGUUACGGCAGCAACUGCAGAGCUUACAUGAAAAUCAUCGGCAAAUGAUGGGUGAAGAGCUGACUGGUCUAAGCGUCAAAGAUCUGCAGAAUCUAGAAAAUCAAUUGGAGAUAAGUCUCCGUGGCAUCCGUAUGAAGAAGGACAAAAUCUUAAUGGAUGAGAUACAAGACCUAAAUAGAAAGGUAAACCUAAUUCACCAAGACAAUACGGAACUUUAUAAGAAGGUAAACCUAAUUCGUCAAGAAAAUCUGGAAUUACACGAAAAGGUCUAUGGAACAAAAGAUGCCAAUGGAGCACACAUAAGCAGUCUUACAAACGGACUUAGUGUUGGAGAGGAUGCAGGCAUACCUAUCGACCUUCAGCUCAGCCAGCCACAGCCACAAGACCAUGAGGCACCAGAAAGAGCUACAAAACUAGGGUACAAUUAUGAAACAAUUCAUAAAUGUUCUACAUGAAUACAAAUGAACUUUUCCAGGGUCACUAUUUCAAUCUUGUUCUUUUGAUGGUUGCAGCAGACUAUAGCUACGCUAGCAAAAAGACACCCUACACCAACCAGGAAGAUGUAUCUUAUUUUGCAUCAAGAAAACGGUGUAUGGUUGCUAAUUAUCUUUCAAUCGACGAAAUGUGGUAGAGUAGCGGAUUAUUCCAUACCAAAAGAAACCAGAUUUGUCUAGUUUGUGGUGAUUAAAACAAGCGUAUUUAUGUGAAGAGAAGACUAUGCAAAACAAAAAAUAAUUGGAACCGCACCAGCAUGCACACUUCAUUUUCCAGAAAUCUUAAGGUCUGUUUGCUAUCUUCAUUAUAAUCGGCUAGGUUCAAAUGUUCAUACUUAUUUUAUGACUGAUGCUUGCGAUAUAAUAAAGGAAAAUUCUGGAGAAUCGUCCAGAAAAGGAAACAAGUAGAUUAAAAAUAACAUUUAUCCUAUAUACUAAUUUCCACCCAAGAGUUGUUUAUGAUAUUCAUCAUGAAAGGA